AUGGAUGACAAGCAGAUUCUCCAGGAGCAUAUUGUGGAGUACUACAACACUUUAUUCACUGAAGAAGAGGUAAUUAGACCUGAUCUUGAAAAUAUUACUUUUGAUAAAAUAAAUUCCCAGGAAAGUUAUAUUUUAGAAGCUGACUUCAUUGAAGAAGAAGUAAUGAAUGAUAUCCAAGAAUUGGGAAAUAACAAAGCUCCAGGUCCAGAUGGUUUCCCAAUCAUCUUUUUUAGUAAAGGUUGGAGUUUUCUGAAAGAUGAUAUAAUGAAUACUGUAAAUGAGUUUUGUUCUACAUACAAAAUUUACAGCAAGCACAACUCCACAUUUAUCACUUUGGUUCCAAAGAAAGACUACAUCGAGAAAAUCCAGGAUUGCAGUCCUAUUUGUCUCUUAACUAGUGUUUACAAAAUUAUCGCAAAAGUGUUAGCUUCAAGACUCAAGCUGGUAAUGGAUAAACUUAUCUUCUCGGUUCAAUGUGCUUAUAUAGAAGGAAGACAAAUCAUAGAUGGUACUUUGAUCGCCAAUGAGCUUGUGCAUUCUAGACUACGUUCUGGCAAAGCAGGGAUAAUUUGUAAAAUUGAUCUAGAAAAAUCUUUUGAAAUGAUAAAUUGGAAAUAUCUGGAGUUCAUCCUUCAUCAAAUGGGUUUUGGUAGAAAACUGUGUAAACGGCUGAAGUUUUGUUAUUCUAUAUCAACUUUUUCAGUGCUAAUCAAUGGUUCUUCUUUUGGCUACUUCACUAGUUCGAGGGGUGUAAGACAAGGUUGUCCAGUUUCUCCUCUUCUGUUCAACAUUGCCAUGGAAGGUUUCUCAAGAUACAUGGACAGAGCCUCACAACUGAGCCUCUUCAGUGGCUUCUCAGUGACUUCUUCAAGUAUUAUCGUAAAUCAUUUGCAUUUUGCUGAUGACACUAUCUUCUUCGUAGAUAAUAGCAAACAGGAACUUCAUAAUCUUUUUUCGGCUCUCAAGUGUUUUGAAUAUAUUGGAGGUCUCAAGGUUAAUACUUCAAAAACUAGACUCAUUGCAAUUGGUGAUGUGCCUGAGUUAUCUGUUUGGGCUUCGGAAUUUGGCUGCGCUACUGAUAACCUUCCUUUCUUAUAUCUUGGAAUAUCUCUUGGAGCUAAGGAAACUUCCAAACAUAUAUGGGACCCCAUAAUUGAAAAAUUUGAUGUGAGACUAUCAACUUGGAGAAAUAUUUCACUUUCUAAAGGAGAGCAGAAAAUGAGAAAUUUUUUGUGGGAUCAUGGUGCUCAUUCAAAAGUUUCACAUCUAAUAAAUUGGAACUUAGUAUGUGUUGUUAAAGAGAAAGGGGGUCUGGGUGUCUGUAAUUUGAGAUUGAUGAAUUUGGCAAUGCUUGCUAAAUGGUGUUGGAGGUUUGGUAAAGAGAAAAACAGGUUAUGGUAUAAGAUUAUCCGUGACAAGUAUGGUGAUACGUUCUCCUGCUGGGUACCUCAAAAGGUUAAUUCUUCUCAUGGAGUUUCUUGUUGGAAAACAAUCGCGAAGACUGCUAAUCUGGUAAGCCUUAAAUCAGUGCUUAAUAUUCAUUCAGGAAAGGAUAUUUCAUUCUGGAAUGAUGUUUGGUGUGGCGACAUAUCGUUGGAUGCUAUGUUCCCGUCUCUUUUUAAGAUUUCUGACAACAAGAACAUUAAGCUCGCAGAGGUGAUCUCCUCGGAAAGGAACUGGUGUUUUAAUUUUAAACGCAAUUUAACAGAAUCAGAGGUAAAUCUCUUUGCAAACCUGAUGCUUUGGAUUGGUGAUGAACCGCCAGUCUUAGAUGCCUUACAAGAUAAUAGGAGAUGGACCCUUGAUAACUCAGGUUUAUUUAGCGUCAAAACCAUUUAUGCUAAAUUGUUGGAAGACUCUGGUAUCGCAGAUUUUCCUUAUCAGUUUAUCUGGAAGGAGUCAGUGCCAUCUAAGAUUAACUUUCUAGUUUGGUGUAUUGUGCAUGAGAAGCUGAACACAAUUGAUAAGCUACAAGCUAAAGGGGUAGACAUUAAUAACUCGUGUAUCCUAUGUGGUGAUGAUACAGAGUCGCAUGAUCAUAUUUUUCUCCACUGUAAAAUUGCGCAUAAACUUUGGUUUGCAACAAUUCCAAGUAGCUUAUGGUCCUGGGUACUUCCGAGAAGUUUUAGUAUGUUAGAAAUUGGUUGGCAUCAUACGAAUUUUUCAAAUACAGGAAAUUACAUUUGGAGCCUAAUACCAUCUACAGUUGUUUUUACUCUCUGGACGGAAAGAAAUAGACGUACUUUUGAGCAAAAUCAUGUUUACAAAACGGAUUUAGACUUGGAGGUGGAAGUUAAAUCUUUAAUACUCUCUUGGGCAAAUGCAGCUGGUAGAAGACUUCAUAUCAAUUAUGCUUUCUCUGUAAUGGCUAAUUGGGAAGCCUUGUUUGUGUAA